GUUACUUCCGCCCCCUCGAUCGGAAAUCUCAAGCUUCGCCACUGCCGCUGAACGUUCAAUUCAUUUACAGCAUCCUUAGCAAAGCACCUAUUUCAAAGUAUUUUCUUGCCAAUACCUUUUUCUCUUAGUAAAAUACACAAUAAAUUCAACCACUUAUGUUCCUGAGCAAGGGCCUUAUGAACACGAAAUCAUAUCUAUCAAAUCACAAACAUUCACAACACGUUUUCUUGCAAAAACACUUGAUCACCAGCAGUAACUUUACCCAAUCAAACCCCUUUAAUUCUGAUUCUAAACACACUUCAAAUCUCCACGAAAAUGUCUACCACACUGAAAUUACUAAUAAUGCAUAUGAUCUGGUUCACAAGAUCCGAGAAUGCACACAUUCGGGUCUUCAUAACCAUGGCCAACAGCUUCAUUGCUACGUUUUGAGAUCUGGGUUCAUUUCCGAUGUAUAUGUUUCAUCUGCACUCAUCAACUUCUAUGUUAAACUGGACCUAGUAAAAGAUGCACAUAAAGUGUUUGAUGAAAUUCCUGAACCAGGUUUAGUUGCUUGGAACUCGUUGAUCUCCGGGUAUGUUCGAUCAGGGAAGUUCCGUCAAGCUUUGAGUUUGUUUCUUGAGCUGGAAAGGUCAAGUAUUUGUUCGGAUUCAUACUCGUAUACUGCGGUUUUAGCUGUUUGUGGACAGCUAAGGUUUAUACGAUUAGGCGGAACUGUUCACUCCAUGAUUGUUAAAUCUGGUGUAGAAUGUAGUAGUUUUGUGUCCAAUUGUUUGAUUGAUAUGUACGGAAAAUGCGAGCAUGUUGAAGACGCGAUCAAGAUUUUUGACAAAAUGCGGUUCAGGGACGCGGUUUCUUGGAACUCGGUGAUUGCUGCGUGUACUCGAAACCGAAGAAUCGAGCAAGCGGUUGGUUUUCUGAACCAAAUGCCAAACCCGGAUACGAUAUCAUACAAUGAGAUAAUCACUGGGAUUGCACAGUUUGGGAACAUGGAAAAAGCCGUUGAGAUUCUGUCAACAAUGCCAAACCCGAACUCAUCUUCGUGGAACUCGAUUAUAACAGGGUAUGUGAACCGUAACAAUCCAAGAAGCGCACUUAAGGUGUUUGAUCAAAUGCAUUUGAAUGGCAUACGGAUGGACGGGUUCACGUUUUCAAGCAUUUUAAGUGGCGUAGCGCGUGUUGGAGCGCAUAGACGGGGGACGUUAAUCCAUUGUUGUGUGGUGAAGCUUGGUUUCGAUGAAUGUGUAGUCGUUGGCAGUGCUUUGAUCGAUAUGUACUCUAAAUGCGGGCAGGUAAACGCAGCCGAGUUCAUUUUUGAAUCAUUACCCGAUAAAAAUCUAGUAACUUGGAACGCUAUGAUAUCGGGAUUCGCGCAUAAUGAGAAUUCAACGAAAGUGAUUGAACUAUUCGAGCAGUUGAAACACACGAAAGAUUUACAACCAGAUGGGAUCACGUUCCUGAACGUGUUAUCGGCUUGUUGGCAUAACAAGACGCCAUUAGAAGUUGCAACCCGAUACUUUGAAUCAAUGAUACACGAUUACCAAAUCGAUCCAACGGUUGAGCAUUGUUCUUGCAUGAUCAGGCUUAUGGGUCAUGAAGGAGAAGUUUGGAGAGCCGAAGGGAUGAUAAAGCGGCUCGGGUUUGAGUCGUGUGGGGGUGUUUGGAGGGCGUUGCUUGCGGCUUGUGGGGUUUGUGGGGAUUUAAAGGUGGCUGAAACUGCAGCUAGAAAGGUGGUUGAUCUUGAAGGUGAUGGUGAGUUUGUUUAUGUUAUGAUGUCGAAUAUUUAUGCGCGCUUUGGUAAGUGGGAAGAUGCGGGUGCGAUGAGGAAGAUGAUGAGAGACAAAAAUGUGUCGAAAGAGGCUGGUUAUAGCCGGAUUGAAUGAUACCUUGCUCUUCGUUUAAUAUAUAUAGCUCUCAUUUGUCUGUUGAUUUUGGUAAUUUUCUUUAUAACACAUUUGUUCAUUUUCGUUC